UCUUGAGAGACACAAUUCAUAUUCAACCGUAUGAUUUUCAUAAACCCAAAUUCGAUGCGUUAACUGACGAAAUCAAUCGCAUAUAUGCAAAUAAGGUUAUUCAAGAUGUAGGCCUUUGUAUAUGCUUAUUCGAAAUAAUAUCUGCAAGUGAAGAAAUUGUCCAUUAUGGUGAUGGCGCGAGCUAUGCGAAAGUAACUUUUCGAUUAGUUGUGUUCCGUCCAUUUAUUGGUGAAAUAAUUGAAGGAACCAUAUCUAGUAAUACAUUUGAAGAUUUUUCGUUUAUAUGGACAGUGACUUUAGGUUAUUUUGAUGAUAUAUUGAUUCCUACACACAAUGAUGACGGAUGGAAGUUUGAUCACGAAACUCAAGUGUGGGUGCGUUUGUGGGAUAGUCAAAUUCCAGAGGAAAACUGGGCAACACCCGAAGAUAAGUAUCUAUAUAUGUAUAUGGAUAAAGAUACUACUAUUAGAUUUCGUGUCAUAGAAGAAAAAUUUACUGAUGUUGGGACAAAAGGUCCGCCACCAAAAAGGACAGGUGCUGUAGCGGGUCAAAAAGUUCCAAUGCCAUCAUCAUCUUCUUUACCAUCAGACGUUAUGAUUGUAGGUAAUAACCGUGGUGGAAGUAUCCAAAAUGUAAAUACUGAUACUACUAUAAAUGCUCCAACCGGAGGCAAAUUGGUUCCGUAUGAAUUGAUUGGCUCAAUCGCUGAA